UGGGCAGUGGAGAUCUUUCUUGAUGCUCUGAUUUAUCUCUAAAAUUGUGACCUUGUUCUAAAUUAAAAAUAAAUUCAUAAAAACAAAAGAAUUCUAAAAUUUUUAAAACUAAGGGGAUUUAUCAUAAAGUUUUGAAUUUUUCAUUAUGUUUGAGGAUGAGAAAUUGCUUUAACUCUUAUCAUAAGAAAUAGCAAACAAGCAGAUUACAUUUUUUUAAUUUGCAUGUUUAUUUGUAAACGUUAAGAAACAAUUUUAGGUUUAUGAAAACUUCAUCCAAAAACAGCAACUAAAAGUUUCACCUUGUCUCUAAUUCUUAUCCAAACAAAAUUGUGCGUUUAAAAUUAACAACUUAUACCAUGAUCUUCCAUUAUUUCCACUCAAUCAUUUGCUAUCUUUAUCUGAAAAUUUCCCUCCAAGGUAAAACUAACCAACAAGACACCCUAUCUCUAAAAUUAGUGCUAUCAUUCCCAAAUUCAACUAAUGUUAAAGUUUCCUCUAUAAAGUUUCUAAAACUCAACUUUUUCACACAAAACACCUCUCCUAAUAAACAAUCUAUUCUUAGGAAUUGGCGAGUAACCGGAGGCAGGGUUAAGCCUGAAUAAGAUCAGUUUAGAUUUACACUUCGCCAAAGCUGGCAUAAUACAUUCUAAGAUAUAGAAGAGCACCAUUAUUUUAGAGCGAAAGUCUUCUUGUGUACUUGUAUGCUAUCUUGGCGAGAAGAAUUAUACUCUAUUGUUGGUUCUUAGUCUUCUUGAAGAAAUGGGUAUUUAGGAUAACCAGAAGAGGAUUUCGUUAAUAAGAGAGAUUGAAAUAAAUAAUCAAAUAACUAUCAGAAGUUGUUAGAGAAUAAAAAUAAUUAUGGUUUGGUGCACAGAGAUAAUACGAGCCUAUGUAGAAGAAUUUGAGAAGAUCCGAACAUUCAAAUUACUGUUGGCAUACUUAACACCCAUCGUUAAUGAGAGACAGACCAUAAGACAUGCAUAGAGCUGAAUUAAUAUUUAAGCAAGAUAGAAAUAUAAUC